AUGGAAGUUGUCCCCAGCAAUGGACAUUACAGUUGGGCGGAAGAAGUGAAGGAAUUCGACAAAACCAAAGCCGGCGUGAAGGGACUUGUAGACGCCGGCGUGGUAAAGAUCCCCAGAUUCUUCGUCCACCCACCCGAGAGUCUUCGCUGUCCGUCGCCGCCCGAUAACACAAGCACCAUUGAACUCGAGUUCCCCACGAUAGACCUCCAAGGCUUUGAGAGCGGUGGUGCUCGGAGAAAGGAGGCCGUGGAUGGGAUUCGACAGGCGGCCUCCACAUGGGGUUUCUUCCGGAUGGUGAAUCAUGGUGUGCCAAUGAGCACGACGGAGGCCAUUUUAGAAGGUGUCCGCCGCUUCCACGAGCAACCGGUGGAGAUGAAGAGGGACUUGUAUUCCUCCGAUAGCAGCAAGAGAGUGAGGUUCAACAGCAAUGUCGCUCAACGUGAACUUGAUGCUGCAUGUUGGAGGGAUUUGUUAACUUGUGUUUUUCAAGAUGAUACAUUGGAUCCUGAAGCUAUUCCUCUGGUUUGCAGAAAAGAAUUACAGGAGUAUGUGAAUUACAUGAUCAAACUAAGGGAGACAAUGGCCAAGUUACUAUCAGAGGCUUUAGGGUUAAGCAGUGACUACCUUUCACGCUUAGAAUGCAUGAAAGGUGAAUCAUUGGCAUGCCUUUAUUACCCAAUUUGUCCUGAGCCAGAUCUGACCUUGGGCACCGCCAAACAUUCAGACACCACUUUCCUAACUCUACUCCUGCAAGACAACACUGGUGGUCUACAAGUUUUUCAUCAAAAUCAAUGGAUUGAUGUGGCUCCUGUCCCUGGAGCUCUAAUAGCAAACAUUGGAGAUCUCAUGCAGAUUAUUAGCAAUGACAAGUUCAAAAGUGUGGAGCAUAGGGUGUUGGCCCAACUUGUGGGACCAAGGGUUUCAGUUGCAUGUUUCUUCAUUUCAAGUGGAAGGGCUGCAUCUAAGCCUUUCGAACCCAUAAAAGAGCUUCUAUCCGAAGAACAACCACCUUUAUACAGACAGUUCCUUUGCAGUGAAUACUAUCAAUAUUACAAGACCAAGGGAACAAAUGUUACCUCAGCCCUUCCUCAUUAUAAGCUAUGA